AUGAGGUUUGUGAGCGAGCACCGGGGUGAGCCAGCGGGCUGAGGCUGCAGGGAAGCCGCGGCCGGGGUGCUGAGCGCCGGACGGCGUGUGUGAGGAGGACCGAGCCGGAGCCGGAGCUGACACACCGCGCCGUUUUCAGCCUGACUAUGUUCACCGAGGCGAGAUCAUGACUUUACUCAACGAGUCGGACGAGACCCCCUCUCCCUCUUUCCCCCCUCUGUUCUUCCUUCAGAACAAUUUCUCUACCUUCAUCACCCACAACCCCUCGCAUUCUCCUGUAUCCCUCCCUACUUCCCCCUCCGAUCUGCUGCCUUCCUCCAACUGCACCAGCGCGCUGUCCCCCUCCUCGCCGCCGUACAACUUCUAUGCCGUCCUGUUGGUCCUUCUGAUCUUCUGCGUGGUGUUUGGCAACGUGCUGGUGUGCGUCGCCGUGUCCCGGGAGCGCGCUCUGCAGACCACCACCAACUACCUCAUCGUGUCUCUGGCCGUGUCCGACCUGCUGCUGGCCACGCUGGUCAUGCCCUGGGGCGUCUACCUGGAGGUGGUGGGAGAGUGGCGCUUCAGCCUCAUCCACUGUGACAUCCUGCUCACCCUGGAUGUCAUGAUGUGCACCGCCAGCAUCCUCAACCUGUGUGCCAUCAGCAUCGACAGAUACACGGCCGUGGCCAUGCCACUGCUCUACAACACCAGAUACAGCUCCAGGAGGAGGGUGGCCGUCAUGAUCGCCGUGGUGUGGUUCCUGUCGUUUGCCAUCUCCUGCCCCUUGUUGUUUGGAUUGAACAAUACUGCCAGUCGUGACGGCACCACGUGCAGCUUCGCCGACCCGGCCUUCGUGGUGUAUUCCUCCGUGGCCUCCUUCUACGUUCCUUUCAUCGUGACGUUGCUGGUGUAUGCCCAGAUCUGCGUGGUGCUGCGCAAGCGAGGCCGACGCACCGCGCCACCACGCAGACAUGGCCUGCUCACGCAAAAUGGAGCCGAAGCCGGGGAAGGCCGACACCGGAAGAAUAAGUGCACACAACCCGAGGAUGUGAAGUUGUGUACUCUGAUUCUGCGACCUGCUACUGCAGGUGCUCAACGCAAGAAAGUGCAUCCACACGUGCCUCUGUUCCCGAAGGCUUUCCUCACCCCCCGACGCCCCCCCUCCCCCGUCUCUGUGUGCCAGACCCUGGUGAAGGAGGCGGUGGUUCACCCCCUGGAAGUGGAGCCCGGUCAGUUCCUGCCGCAGACGGAGCAGAGCCUGGCCCCUCCCGCCGCCCCCCAGACCUCGUCCCACCCGGGGGGCGCCCGGAUAUCCCUGUCCAUCUCGGUGGGACCCGCCCCCGCCCUGCCCUCCACCGUGACUCGGUCGGCCCUGACGCCUCGUCCUCCCACUCUGGAAGACGGCAUGAGGGGUCGGGAGGGGUGGAGGGAGCGCAGCGGCGGCAGGGAGAAAUGGGGCGCCCCCAAGGAGCGGGUGAGAGGGAGGCUGUCCCAGCAGAAGGAGCGGAAGGCCACGCAGAUGCUCGCCAUCGUACUCGGUGUGUUCAUUAUCUGCUGGCUGCCGUUCUUCCUGACCCACGUGCUGAAGGCGCACUGCCGGAGCUGCUGCAUCUCCCCGUCACUGUACAGCGCCGUCACCUGGCUCGGGUACCUCAACAGCGCCGUCAAUCCCGUCAUCUACACCACAUUCAACAUUGAAUUUCGCAAAGCCUUCAUCAAGAUCCUGCACUGCUAGGCUGGAGAGAUGAGAUGCAUACGCUAUCAAACGGAAGACAGACCUUGCGGGUCUGAGAUCGGAGGUGCGAGACUAAAGAGCUCAUUAGCGGCGUGAUGCGCAGGAGCAGAGAUCGAGGCAAAGAUCUGGAUGACUGAAAAGCCACGGAGAUCCAGGCUCUUUGGGCCGGCAGCGCAGACAAGACUCAAGACGGAAACUCUGCUAUAUAGAGGGAAUGACAAGCGACACAAAAGAAACUACUACAAAGAACAAAGGCAGUGUGUGGUACAGAGGAGACAGCUGCAGCAAACGCACACAAGCUGGAGGUAUUUAUAGAGGAGCAGACAAGCAUUGUGAGUGUGUGUGUGUAUAUAUUCUGUAAAGAGAAUACGAGAACUGAGGAUCUCACCACAGCAGCUGGAUUCAAACCCUCCCCACGUGUGAGAUUCACUGAGACGCGACUUCUUUCCAGUUUACUGGAACUAGGGCUGGGCGAUAUGGACCAAAAGUCAUAUCUCGAUAUUUUCUAGCUGAAUGGCGAUACUCAAUAUAUAUCGAUAUUUUUUCUGUGCCAUAAUUGGGGUUUCCCCCAAAGCAUUAUAGCAUAGCAUCUCUGUUAGCUUCAUUUUUUCUGAGGCAAACCCUUAAAAAAACAGUCAGUUUUAAUACAAUGCCUCGUGCCAAAUGUCACACAGGUUCCUUUAUUAACAGAGGUCUGCACAAUAUCAAAAUGUAUAAAACAAAUGAAAUAAAAAUAAACUGCCUGCAUAUAUAGAAUAAAAAUGCUUCUUGAAUAAAAUAAAACAAAUAUCCCUUUCCUGCAUAACAAUUAAAUUAAAAUACACUGCAAUUAAUACAAUGUAGACAGUAACAGGCAGACUUUUCCACUGAGGUUGACAGUUGUGCAAAUAACAAAACAUUUGUGCAAAUCUCAAAUAAAACAUUAAAGUCAAUUUGUCACAAAAUAAGCUAUAUCAAAAUCAUAAAAAAAAUAUAUAUAUUUUUUUUUUUCGAUAUAAACGAUAUUGUCUCGUGCCAUAUCGCGUUUGAAAAUAUAUCGAUAUAUAUUAAAAUCUCGAUAUAUCGCCCAGCCCUAACUGGAACUCUUGGUUUUCUUCAGCCGCUCACGGUUGUAUUUUCGUGAAAUGUUGACAUCAUCUUUUUUGUUCUGUUUGCAUGUCCUUGUCUUUCUUGUAGAGCAGUAAUAACUAAAAAAAAAAAAAAAAAAAAAAGUCCAGCAUCAAACUAACAUUUCACGUUGAUCACCAAGAGUCCGUUGGGGUUUUUUUUUUUUCCCCCUCUUCUACUACGCUAGAAAUAUGAAUUUGAUCAAGAAGCACACAAAAACACAGCAGGCGGUCCUGGAAGCUUUUAAGUCUGAAUAUCUUAUCUUCAAAUAAUUAUGCAUAAAUGUAAGGUUUAGUGUUGAAAAUGAUCUUAUGCAUUUAGAGGGUGGAUUGUACAGAGAAUUUAAAGAAUAAAACUAAAUCUUUUACUGAUCAUCGUGUGUAAAAGUUACAUGGAGUUCUUUUUUUGAUCUUGAGGUAAAUUUGCGGGGAUGUCCCAUUUCUGGGGAAAUGGGCAACUGUCUUUAAUGAUGUGGGAAUUGUUUUGUAUCUCGGUCCAGGUUGGUGUGCAGCAGCUGUUUCUUCUCUGAGAUAUUGCUUAUAUCUUUCCUUGUUGGGAUUUUC